UUACAACAGAGUUUUUACUCUGAACGUUGAGAUUAACGCAGCAAUUCCUCCAUUCCUACCCCGAUCCAACCGGAUCCAUCACACCCGCACAGCGCAUUAUAGGCUGUGCAGCGACGACUCCAAUCCAAUCAAAUGCCAAAGCGGACAACUACAUACCCUAACUGCGCCUGGAGGCUGGGUGCCAGACCGCGAAUAUUUCUGGUGGAUCCCACGCUCGGAGGUCUGGUCCAGCGGUCUAGCCGUGUGCUCUGCCAUCAUCACCACCGCCUCGAGCAACAAUGACAACGUCAUGCCCUUCGCGUUUCCGUCCGCGCAGGGAAUCUCGUCCGAUGGCCGGUCGGUAUCUAUCCGCAGGCCCGGCAUCGUCUGUCAAGCGAUGCUUUGAGCACGAUCUUUCCCUGGCUGCUCGAACGAACUGGACCAAAAAAAAACGUCGAGUCGAAUGCGGGGUGCUGAUUCGCGCCAAGGGGAACGAGAAGCCAUUUGACGGGGAAGCACAUAUGACAGGCGAAGCGGGGAGACUGGUUUCUUUUUUGGUGCAUCAGGGUUCGUAUGCACAGCCUGCGGCAUAUCUACUGCGCGCACAAGGAAGGACGGAGGGACAGAACAGCCUCGUGGGCCGGGCGCAGAGACUUGCCUCGCGACGCUGUGUCUAGGGAGGUGCGUAGGGGGGUGCAACUGAGUAUACUACGAGGUUCUGCUGCGGUGAAUUAGUGAAAUCCCACCCGAGGUUCGCUUGGACCUGUCGUCGCGCUUGCCAGUCCGGCCCAGUGUCCGUGCAUUGUUGGCGUCGAGUCCGAUUUCCAAACACCGAUAUGGUACAUGUGAUAUCAUCACAGCCACGAGGUGGAUCGUCACUGCCACGGGCUGCUUUCAGGUGGGAUGAAUGGAUCUGACCACAGCCACGAACAGGCCUAUAAAUAGAUCUUCGAUCUCCCAGCCUGACAAUACCACCCGCUGAAAUCCCCCCCUUCACUACCACUACCGCUACAUACCACCACCGCCAUGUCGACCCCCGCCAAAGCCACCAACACCUCCCAGCCGCAAGCCGUCCAGAUGUCGGUGAUGAGCACCCCGUCGCAGGCUGAGAACGGCACCGCGGGUAAGCACGGGCAGCACUGCGAGCACAAGUCCUCGCGCAUGCGGGGCGCCGGUGCCGGAAAGGACUGCCUGAUGGGCAUGCUCGGCUGCUUCCUCUGCUUCGAGUGCUGUGAGGUGUGUUGCGAGCGGCCUCGUGGACUCCGUCCGUGCUGGGCGCUGUUGAUACUGACGCAACGUGCUAGGGCUGCUGCGAGUGCUUUGCUGAUAUUAUCUGCUGCCCCUGCGAGAUGUGCUGCUAGAGUGUUGCUACGACCGUCUUAUCCUCGAAUCCGUGCCUCGUGUACCCCGUCCGACCUCGUUAAUGUACCGAGAUGGACACCUACGUCGGCUCCUGUAGUCCUGCUGCAACCUGUUCCAUCGAGUUCGUUGACUGUAUUGGCUUUGGUCAUAUUGAUUGCGCUGGUCCAAGGCUAUUUUAAGAACGUAUCUGCGUGCGACCGACGCCCCUGCUAUGAACAUGCUCAUGACAUCAUGCACGCUGAUCCCUCCUCGAGCCUAUAAAUGUCUCGUUCCCUCCAGAUCCCUGCACCUCUCCACCUAUCUUCCUGCACUCCCACCAUGUCUGCUCCCGCGAAAACCACCACCAACGCGCAACCACAGGCGACCGAAAUGAGUACGUUCUGAGCACUGAGCCGAGCGACUGUCGGCUGUGUGUCAAUCCGCCUUAUCAGGCGUCCUCCCGAAGACCCCAGCCCAGGCUGAGCAUGGUGCUUGCCAACACCACGAACGCAAGACUUGGCGCAUGCGGGGUGCCGGUGCGGGCAAGGUCUGUCUCGAUCACACAUGGCCCGCUCGCCUCGCAGAGUCUGACCUGCGGCGACUCCCACCACCAGGACUGCUUCCUCGGCGCGCUCGCCUGUUUCUUCUGCUGCGGUACGUCCCGGCUCCGAGCCCUUUCACACUCGAUCCGCGAGGGGACGCUGACGGACUCCGGGCUCGUGCAGAGGGAUGCGAGGUGCGUCAGGCUCCGAUUCGCCGACGCCGGUGGAGCGCUGAUCUCAUGGGCCCCCGUAGGACUGCUGCGAGUGUGUCGCCGACAUCGUCUGUGCGUACCACCACCCAUCCUGCUUACCUGCUUGAUCCGCGCGUCGUCGGCUGAACGCACUUCCCACCAGGCUGCCCGUGCGAAAUGUGCUGUUAGAAUGCUUGGUGCUGUAACAACUUGUGCCCUCGUGUACCAUAGGAUCCAAAAAGAACUUGUAGUAGUAAAAUAUGACAGAUGGCCGAGACUGCACUCGUAAAGUGCUGUGUGGACGUUAGCUUUGCCUUGGAAGUUCUGUGCAGCGAGAUCAUGAAAGCCUCGACGGAUGACAGCGUCGUGGUGAUUGGGUAAAUGUAAGGUGACAAGGUGGACAAAGUGCCCAGUCCACUUUGGGAAC